UGAGCGACGACGGUUGUAACUCGAAAUAUUCAAUAAUCUGGCACAGUCUGUUUGCACCGGACACCACACUGCGAACCGAGGAGGAAUCACUCCGGUUAGAGUGUGUUGUGCCACAGCGAAGGUGUUGUUCUUUUUUAUAUAUACAUUUAUACAAUCCGAGCAGGAGCCACAGGCAGACAGAGCUUGGCUGACGAGCCGCGAUGAGCUUCUUCGGUUUCGGACAAAGUGCGGACAUCGAUAUAGUUUUGAAUGACGCCGAAACGAGGAAGAAAGCGGAGCAUAAAACCGAGGAUGGGAGGAAGGACAAAUAUUUUCUGUUCUUCGACGGGGAGACGGUGUCGGGGAAAGUCAACGUGACGCUGAAGAACCCCGGCAAGAGGCUGGAGCACAACGGCAUCAAGAUCGAGUUUAUCGGGCAGAUAGAGCUGUACUACGACAGAGGGAACCACCACGAGUUUGUGUCACUUGUGAAAGACUUGGCUCGGCCUGGGGAGCUCACGCAGUCACAAACGUUUGACUUUGAGUUCACGCACGUGGAGAAACCCUACGAGUCUUACACUGGUCAGAACGUCAAAUUACGCUACUUCCUGAGGGCGACGAUAAGCCGGCGGCUGAACGACAUCAGCAAAGAGCUGGACAUCGUGGUGCACACGCUCAGCACCUACCCUGAGCUCAACUCCUCCAUCAAGAUGGAAGUGGGGAUUGAGGACUGUCUACACAUAGAGUUUGAGUACAACAAGUCAAAGUAUCACCUGAAAGAUGUGAUUGUAGGGAAGAUUUACUUUCUGCUGGUGAGGAUCAAGAUCAAGCACAUGGAGAUCGACAUCAUCAAACGGGAGACGACAGGCACGGGGCCCAACGUCUACCACGAGAACGACACCAUAGCCAAGUACGAGAUCAUGGACGGAGCUCCAGUCAGAGGAGAGUCCAUCCCCAUCAGGCUGUUUCUGGCCGGCUACGAGAUGACGCCCACCAUGAGGGACAUCAACAAGAAGUUCUCGGUGCGCUACUACCUCAACCUGGUGCUCAUAGACGAGGAGGAAAGACGCUACUUCAAACAGCAGGAGAUCACACUGUGGAGGAAAGGUGACAUCGUGAGGAAGAGCAUGUCUCACCAAGCCGCCAUCGCCUCCCAGCGCUUCGAGGGCUCCUCCACCGCAGACAGAUUCCAGGACCAGAGCAAGGAGGACAGCAGCUAGAGCCCAGCGCACACCUCGUCCUCGUCUGUCCGCAUGUCUGUGUGUCUGCGCGUGUGUGUGUGUGUGUGUGUUCGCCUGUGAGGGAACACAGCGCAUACAUUUGUCAGCAAAUCCGAAUGUGAAUGCAUUUGUUUGCAUUGAGAGAGAAUGUGCUGCAGUGUUUUUCACAAUGUGUGUGUGUGUGUGUGUGUGUGUGUGGGUUUCAAAAACGACAGUAUGAAUUUGUCAGGGAAACAAGCCGUCAUACCUGUGUCAAACAGUAGUUGCAAGUGUUUGUUUUCACCUGAUUGGAGUACCAGGUGGGUGGGGUUUACUCUCAGGACAAAUUAGAAAGUGUUUGCUGAUUUCUUGCACAGAAAUGCACAAAUUAGACUCUCAGCUACUUUGCUGCCGUGGAGUAAAUAAUCUGCCAUCCUGCGUGGUAAACACCAGCCAUCUGAUACAACUCAGAAUGGAUCGCAAAUACUGUUUGACUACGCUUGAAUUUCUGUGCGUAUGAAUGAUUGAAUGUGACAGACAGCCACCUGGAGUGUAUUUCCAACAUGGCCCAUUCGUUUGAGCUAAUUAUCUGAAAGAGAGCACUGUGCAGCAACUGUAAUUAAUAAAGUACAUUUAGGGAAAAAGGUUGAAAAGCAGGUGUUGGAUUUGGAAAGCUCACCUCAAAGGAAUGUGACCAUUUGGAUUAAUUUCAUUGAAAUUAUGUUAAGAUUGUUAAAACCUCCAUGCCCUCUGCUGGAAAACAGUUCCUCUCAUUUGGUUUUAAUGUUUUAAAAAAAAAAACCCUUUCAGCUAAUGGAAAGUGCAGGAUCAGGUGCAAAGUUUAAAAAAUGUACCGAAUGAAUGGUACAUUUUGACAAACGCAGCAGAUAUAGAUAUAGCGCUUAUAAUGUUUUCAUACAUUCCAAGGCUUUCAUCAGCAAUAGAUGUGAUUAUGGAGUAUUUAUUUAUGGAACAUAUAACAUUUGUCCACUUUUUUACCAGCAUUUUACAUGUCUGAUGCAUCAGUCGGUUGAAUGGUGAAGCGAGGAGCGUCGGGGCUCCGUGUCAGUCGUCGCCACUGCUGCUAGAACAAACGUGGCAAUUGUGCUUGUCGUCGUGGGAUUUUCUUACAUCACCGUUUGAAUUGCCAGUCGAUGAACAUGGGUCUUUGAUGUUUUGUAACUCUGUUUUCCUAUUUGCACUAUGAUCUCAUUUUGCUCUUCUCUGUUCUCAGUGCUGUUUCUGAAUUGAACUCAUGGCAAGGGUGCAAACCAAACCCUCACCCACUACCCCUGGGUUAUCGCGUCACAUCCAGUAGAGCCAGUAUUACACCAGUAACAAAGCCAACGCAGAUGCUUGUCACUCCAUCCCACGUCGGGUUUCAUCCCCAUGACGGAUGGACUGCUGUGGUGGUUAGGUAGCUUUGUGCCUAAGGGUUUAUUGCCAAAUCUUGUCAGUGCAAUACUCGAGAGAAAUUAUGCCAGUUUACCUCCAUACCCGUUCUUCCCACUUUAAUUCAGAUCGUCUUCAACAGUUAAUCUGCUGCAGUUACUUUUUAAUGUUAUGCAGCAGAAUUUGAACGCAGGGUUCAGUCCAGUGUGGAUUAUUGGAAUUAACGUAUGAAAGGCGACUCGGCGCGUUGUAUGAAGUAUUGAGUUUAGAGUGACCGAGUCAUUCUAAAACAUGACUGUUAGCUUUCACUUUUAGCACAGGGACGUCUUCACAAUGAUUCGCGUAUACAUAUCUAUCUAUCCAUCUAUCCAUAUAUAUCUAUAGAUAUAGAUAGAUAGAUAUAGAUGUUUUUUUGUUUGUUUGUUUGUUUUUUUACUGUGGCAGCCCACCAUGGUAGGAGUAAAUUUAAAAUUUUAGCAAACUAACUAGUUAAUAAUUGACACUGCAGUGCUGUGGCCUGGCAUUGGUAUCCAAAUGAAAUGGUUUUGUAUCGUGACAACCCUGACCAGGAGGAAAUUAAACACUUUCCUUGCCUUGUGUCUCACUUUGAGACGCAUUGCAGGAAACACGGCUCUGCAUUGCGGGCUGAAAAACUCAACCUGAAAAUCUAAAUUUGACAGCCUGAAGGAUUUGUGACAACCCGGUAAAGGGAGAAAAAAAAAAAAAACUUUAUAAAGCAUAAUUCAGUGUUUUGUUUCUCCUGGUUUGGUAGAUUAGAUAAAUGAGUUUCAGUGCCAUUGCUUCCCUUUAAUUAGCCACCUUUCCAAAAUUACUUUUUUUUUUUUUUUUUGGCCAUACUCAAGGAGAGCAGGCCUUUGAGGACAAAGUGAGCUCCAGCACCUGUUGUCCUCACAUAGCCUUGGCCUGCAACUUUUUAUGCUUGACAAGCUUAUUCUCUACAACUUUGCAAAAUAUAUCACUGUGUAUCAUGAAAGCUUUAGCCUAAAGUUUGUAUAGCUCAUACUUUGCUUGGCAGUAGAUUUUUUUUUCCCUCCCUUGUAUGCUGUUGUUGUGUUGAAGCGGCGUUUGUAUUGUCACCAGACUACUGUUCAGGUAACUGCUGAAGUACAGGAAACACCAGCCUAGACUGAGCAUUUCCCUGCUUUACUCAGCGUCCUCUACUUUGGCAGUUACCUCUGUUGAUAGGCUAAUAAGAAGUAUUAUUAGGAUUCAAGCAACCCAAACCAACUUUGGAGUAGAUGCAAAUGUUCAAUUUUGUUUUUAUUUUUACGUUUGUUUGUUUUUUUUUUUGUAUGUGGCUGUGAUUUUAUUUUUUGUCAGUACUGGUACAGAAAUAGGUUAAUUAACCCAAAUUGUGACAGGGAGUAAAGUGAGAUUAAAACAGGAGAAAGAAAGAAAAAAAUAAAUAAAUGCUGAGAUGUAGAACACAAAAUGAUGCACAAUGUAAAUGCAGCCCUCUUUCUUUGGUGUUUAUGUUUCUGUCAUGUUUAUCUUUCUGUCUAUGAACAUUGAUUUUAAUCAUUUUAUAUUUCUAUAUUACUUUGAAUUAAAAGAGAGCCAACAAAAACA